GUAUUCUACUAACUGUCGUCAUUUCCUUUAGAUAGCAACAGAAAUGUCGAUUCAUGGGGCCACGUUUUGAAUCGGGUAUGUUUUAAGGUCUUUAUUAAGUAUGCCGAAACGAUUUUAAAGUGGUUUUGGGUGAUUGAAUUUACCGCCUAGCCGUAAAAUAUCGUCGUAACAGACGAGUUUAUUUGGUGAGCUAACUUCAAAUAUCGCCUGACUUCCGACCCGCCAAAAGCCUCAGAGGUUCACCGAGAAAAGGACCAUUUUGCCCAGAGAGAAGCGAUGAGUGCUGGGUUCAACUUCGGCCAGCCUUCGGGCGGCUUCUCCUUCCCGGCCCAGAAGACCACCGCCUCGGCUCCAGCAGCAGCGGGAGGCGGCUUCAGCUUCGGGACGGCCGGCCAGGCUACCACCAACCCCACCGGCUCCUUCAGCUUUGGCACCCAACCUAAGAGCUCCGCCACCAGCACGGGCUUCUCUUUUGGCAACCAGACCACCGGGUUUGGCCUGGGUGCGACCCCUCAAACCACAGCGGCUACAACGCUAACUCUGGGCUCCCUGUUGGCUCCAUCUUCGGGCGGAGGGUUCACCCUGGGCGGUGGAUUGUCCUCUCAGAUCACCGCUUCAGCUCCUGCAGGAGGAGGCUUCAGCUUUGGAGCCGCUCAGACUCAGGCUGCAGCUGCACCAACAGCUACACCUUCAGCAGCAACGACAGCAGCAGCCGGCAGUGCACCGUUUGGAGGGUUUAGUUUUGGGACCAACAAAAUCCAAGUGACCACCGCUGCAGCAUCCACUGCUCCAGCUCCAGCAGCAGGAGGAGGAGGAGGGUUCAGCUUUGGUACCACCACAGCCUCCACCUCUACAGCUGCAACUACCCAGAGUGGAGCAGGAUUCGGCUUUGGCAUCAAACCGUCAUCGACCCCAGCGCCCCCUGCAUACACCCAGGCUGCCUCUUCAGCUCCUUCAGGUCCGUCUCUCUUUGCUUCACCCAUCACCUCUGCUGCAUCAGCCCCUGCAACAACUGCAGGCUUCAUGCUGGGCUCGACUCCAGCUUCAAUAGCAAGCACUGCAAUACCAGCAGCAGCAGGAGGGGGUCUAAACUUCCCCCUUAAGCCCCUGGGCUCAGUUGCCAGCAGCACCGCUGCUGCUUCCUCCGCCACCACAGCUCCAGCUGCCACUACAGGACCUGCUGUGGGCUUCUCCCUCGGGCUCAAACCUUUGUCCAGCACCACUAUGACGGCUACUGCAACAGCCACAACUCUCACCACCGCCACAGCGCCUCCAGUGAUGACCUACGCUCAGCUGGAGAGCCUGAUAAACAAAUGGAGCCUGGAGCUGGAGGACCAGGAGAGGCAUUUCCUGCAGCAGGCCACUCAGGUGAACGCCUGGGACCGCAUGCUGGUGGAGAACGGAGAAAAGAUCACAUCUCUGCACAAGGAGUUGGAAAAGGUGAAGCUGGAUCAGCGGAGGCUGAACCAGGAGCUGGACUUUAUCCUGUCACAGCAGAAGGAGCUGGAGGACGUGCUCUCCCCGCUGGAGGAGUCCGUGAAGGAGCAGAGCGGCACCAUCUACAUGCAGAACGCCGACGAGGAGCGCGAGCGGACAUACAAGUUGGCCGAGAACGUGGAUGCGCAGCUGAAGAGAAUGUCACACGACCUGAAGGAGAUUAUUGAGCACCUGAACACGUCCAGCGGUCCCGCAGACACCAGUGACCCGCUUCAGCAGAUUUGUAAAAUCCUAAACGCCCACAUGGAUUCCCUGCAGUGGAUCGACCAGAACUCGGUCCUCCUUCAGCGGAGGGUGGAGGAAGUGUCCAAACUGUGCGACACGCAGCGCAAGGAGCAGGAGAAAACCUUUCGCUUAACCUUUGACUGAAAUAAAUCAAUCUCAAGAUGCAUAGACGAAAGGCUACUUGUUGGGAAUUCCUUACUUCUCUCUUGUCUCUACUGUCAUUAUAGUUCUGGUUUAGCCCUGCAGCUUUGGUUUGCAUAUAAAUGAAUAUUUUUGAUUCUUUAAGCUUUAUAACCUACCAGCUCCUGGAUGUUCUUCUGAAUGUGUGGAAAAUAUUUGUAAUAUUUUUUUGAAUUAGCCGAUAAAUAAAACUUGUGAAACUGGA